GUCAUUGCUGAAUCUUCCGAUAGGGAUAAUCUGUCAAAUGUAGUUGUGUCAUCUGUUUUGUUUUUAUUUGUGUUUCUUCAACGAAAGCAUUCGAUGACUUUUGCUUUGGGUUUUAUCAGAAACGAUGGAUGUUUUUGAAUUUUUCAAUCAAAAUAAACCCUUGGUGAGGAAAACCAUAUCCGGUGGAACAACCAAUGGUCGUGUUGUGGCUAACGAACCACGACCAUCGAAUCGAAGAGAUGAUUACUCAGGCUCAACCGAAUAUGCCGAAGAGCAUAUCAUGGAAAAUAAACGCCAAAUGGCCGAAAGAUUCGAUAAUUGGAGUUCCGAUGAGGAAAACGAUGACACACACGCAAUGGAUCAAAUUUACGCUACGUUCAAUUUCAAUCGACCGAAUUCAGUCUAUCCGAUCACACACUACAGAAGUCGCAUUUUAAGUGCGAUUAAAGACAAUCCAUUUGUGGUGUUGGAAGGGCCGACGGCUUGUGGCAAAACCACACAAGUGCCACAAUUCAUCAUCGAUGAAGCGUACAAAGAGAAAAAAUACUGCAACAUUAUCAUUGCACAGCCGAGGCGGAUAGCGGCUGCAAGCAAUGCGGAACGCGUGGCAAACGAACGCAAUUGGCCAGUGGGCACAAUUGUAGGUUAUCAAAUUGGAUUCGAUGAAAAGAAAAAUCUCAGCAAUGACACACGCAUCCUAUUUUGUACCACCGGAAUUUUGUUGGAAAAAUUGAUUCGCACCAAAAACUUUGGUAAUUACACGCAUAUUAUCCUGGACGAAGUGCACGAACGAAACAAAGAAAUGGACUUUCUAUUCGUUGUGCUGAAAAAACUAUUUGUGUCUGCACUAACACGGCCCAAGGUCAAAAUUGUCAUCAUGUCAGCCACAAUUCAAGCAGACCGAUUUUCCGAAUAUUUCUCGUUCCCAAGACGUGGCCACAUGCAACCAGCACCAAUUGUAACCAUUACAGAAAAGUCCAAGUAUAAAAUUGGCGAAUUUUACUUGGAAGAUUUUUAUACAGCUGCACCGAAAAUCGAUUACAAUCAUUUGGACAAGACGAAUCCAUGUAUUCCAGAAGAUUUGUACAAAAUUGCUUUGUAUUUGAUCAAUUGUUUUGAUGACAUCGAUAAAAAGGAAAUGCCCGAGGAAUGCCAACAUGCAGAGUGGCCAACAGUUUUAGUAUUUUUGCCCGGCAUACAUGAAAUCAUUCAAAUGGACAACAUUUUGACAGAUCAAUGGCGCAGCGUGAACACGAACAGGACACGAAUUGAAACUAUUGUACUGCACUCCAUGUCCGACGCAAAACAGAGAAGUUUAGCUUUCCGCAAAGCCGCUUCCAAUACUCGUAAAGUGAUUUUGGCAACAAAUAUUGCUGAAAGUUCAAUUACGGUGCCAGAUGUUAAAUACGUUUUGGAUUUUUGCCGAACGAGAAUAAUGAUGACGGAUACGAUUACCAAUUUUUCGGCGCUUCAAUUGACAUGGGCUGCGCGCAGCAGUUGCAUACAACGUGCUGGUAGAACGGGCCGGGUCAUGAAUGGCAGAUGCUAUCGAUUUGUUGAAAAUCACUUUUAUUACAAUGUGAUGAAUGAAAAUGCGAUUCCCGAAUUGGUGAGCAGUCCAUUGGAGAAUGUGAUUUUGAAAGCAAAACUCUUGGAAAUGGGACCGCCAACAUCGAUUCUUGCCCUGGCCAUGGAUCGUCCGCAGCUUAAUGAUAUCGCUAACACAAUAUUAAUAUUGAAAGAAAUUGGUGCAUUGUUGAAGACUUGCAACGGUGAAACUAAUGAUAUGGACGGAGAUAUUUCGUUCAUUGGUCGAAUCAUGGCUAAUCUUCCGAUUGACGUCAAAAUUGCAAAGUUCAUUAUACUCGGCUAUUGCUUCAGCAUACUCGACGAAUGCAUUGUUAUCGGUGCGGCCCUAAAUUCAAGAAGUAUUUUCCGUGAUAAUUACAAAGCCAGAGAUAAUAUGCGACUGUAUUCGCAACAGCUACGCUGGGCCAAUUCUUCGGGCAGUGAUUUGGUUGCAAUGUUACACGCAUACAAUGCAUGGUCUUAUUCCCAUAAUCACAGCAUGUUUGGUGAGUCAACCACCCGUGUGGCUCGUGAACGCAUGAAACGCACCGAACGCGAAUGGGCAGAUAAAUUUUGCCUUGACAUUGACGCUUUGCACGAAUGCCAUGUACAAGUGAAUGAAAUCAAACGUCGAUUGGAGCGCAUGAAAAUCAAGUCUGGCGUUGGAUUGAAUUACGUUCAAUGGAACGACAAUGAAAAAGCAAUCAUUUUGAAAGUGGUGAUUGCCGGUGGAUUUUACCCAAAUUUCUUUGCUCGCACCUUGCUUAACAUCGAUGAUUACGCUAAAUUAGCAUUUCAAAGCAUUGGAACGCGUGAUCCAAGAAACACCGUUUACUACACAGGCUUCGACAGAGACCAUAUCCGAUGUUUGUAUGCAAAACCAAUCAAACGAAUUUUCAUCGACAACGGUAUUGUGCCAAACGAAAGGAAUGUUCAAGUGAAUUUCGAUUUUGGCUCAAACAAAACAUUCAUCACAUUCAAAAACGAUGAAGAUGAUUAUAGCUACGAAAAUGGCAUCGAACUUAUGCCCGGCAAAGUUUGCACCGAAGUUUAUAAAUCGCUAAAAAUGCGAGAUUUGCGUAUCAACACCGAAUUUUGGAUCAUGAAAUCACGUUCCGAUGAGGAAGAGUAUGCCAAUGGGCAUGAUAUCACAUAUGAAGGGGAUUCUCCGCAAAAACCAAGUAAAACUGCAUAUGCAUCAGUUUGCAUUCCGAGAAUUUUAGAUGAAUUUAUGAAAGGAUUCAUAACACAUAUUGAAGCAUGCAAUCAAUUUUGGUUUCAACCAGAAACGGAAUGGUAUAAGGUGUCCGAAUUUGAGACUUACCUCCGAAAUUAUCGCAAAGAAGUGCUUGAACCAUUGUCCAUCGAUACUGAAUCACUCAUUGGACAAUUAAUUAUCGUUUCAAUCGAUGCUUGCAGUGGCAUCACAUAUCAUCGUGCAAAAAUUUUGGCGUUCAACGCUGAAUUGUGUCGAGUUCGCUUGAUCGACACGGGAAAAGUUUUAGAAUGUAAUACGGAAUGCAUCUAUAGAUAUUGUGGUAGACUAAGAACAUUUUUUGAUCUUCCACCGCGUUGCUUCGAAUGUCGCCUGGCUCAGAUGCAACCAUCUCAAAUUCGAUACCCAAGUGGAAAUUGGCCUAUCGAAGCCAUAACUUUGUUCAGAAAUAAAACGGAGCAAAGAACGAUUGAAAUCGAGGUGUAUUCGGUUACCAAUGGAAAAGCAAAUGUGUUCGUUCACGUGGAUUCAAAAGAAAAUCUCAAUGAUAUGUUGAUUCAUGAACAAUUCGGCGAGUUUGUCGAAGAAGAUUACAUUUCAAACUACAAUCAUUUGAUGCGAAAAUCACAAAUGGAAUGCCAAUUGACGAGUCAAAAUUUCGACAAUUUCCUUGAUCCGAUGUGUGAAAGCUAUUUUUUGGAAGAAAGUCUCAGUGAUAUUGACCCGCCGACGUUUGAAAAAAUGAAAAAUAAAAAGAUGAUCAAACUCAAGGGUCCAUACAGUUCAUUGUCAAUUGAACCGAUCGGUCUUACCGAAGCCACACGCAAUGCAAAGGUUGUAAUCGAUAGGCAUUCGGUAAAUUCAGUUAUGCUGGAGAAUGAUCCACAAGACAUAACUGAAAAAUAUUUGGUUGCCGCUACAAUUUGUUACACCGAUCCGAAUAAACGAAACAUAAAUCUUCGUUACACAACACAAAUGCCGAAUAUUCGUGGUUUUGGCCCGUUAAUGGCGCUAAUCUUCAGUCCAACGAUGCAUGUGAAAUGCAACAAGGAUAAAACACAUUACACUGCACUUCGAACGGGCUUAGGGUAUAACAGUGCCAAAGGACGGCCAAUGUUCGCUGAACAUGAUAUGGUUUUCAACUUGAACGUCGAAAUCACACAACAUGACAUCGAAUUGGUGAAUCAAAUUCGCUAUUGCCUAGACACAUUACUUCUCACUUACCCGGGACAAGAGGAAGCCAAUCAAUUAAGCGAGAAUACCAAACGGGAAAUUCUGCUGAAAAUCAAGAGCGUCAUUGUUGAAUUGCUGGAACGGCCUCGCCAAUGUAUCAACACCGAAAUUACGGAAUUCCAAUGGGACCCAAAUUUUACCAAUUCACCCGAUUUCGUUGUGUCUCAUGCAAAUGACAUUUAUGGGCAUCGAGCCAUAUUCCCAAUGCAUAGCACAUUAAAAACGCAGAGCAGUUACGAUACGGAUGGCGAUUUCUUGCGCCUCCAUUGCAAACAGCUACACGAUUUAACCCAAUUUGUUGUCAAUUUGCCGAAAACCGUUCAAUGUCGAUUGUGCAAUACCAAAGUGGACAAUAUAGCCGACCUCAAAAUGCACCUCGUCUCUCGACUCCACUGUGAUAAUGAAAAGCGGAUCGAGUUUACAAAAUGAUGAUUGUUAUUCAUUUUGGACCAAAAUACACAACUGUCAACUGCAUGUGGUUUCAACAAUAAGUUCUUAAGUAAUGAAAAUAAAUUUAUGCUUUGUUGAUACAUUCAUAAUAAAAUUAUUGCAGAAACUUGGUAAAAAAAAAA